AGUACGAGGACGAGGACGAGUGCCUGACGUGCAACGUGUGCGAGCGCUCCUUCCCGUCGGGCCGGCGCCUGUCGCAGCACCAGCAGCGCAAGCACCACUUCGGCUGCCCCGUGUGCGAGGCACUGUUCCCCUCCCUCCUGGCCCUCGAGCACCACAGGGAGUCCCUGGAACACUGGUCGGACGACGAGCAGAGGCAGCCGCCCCGACCCAAGGCACCCGCAAAGCGGCAGCACCGUGGUGGUCGGACCUGCGACGUCGACCUGGACGACGACGAUGAUCUGGACGACGAAGAGGAGGACGAAGACGAGGAGUCGUCCGAGGAAGACACCGACUCGGAUGGUCUCGAGCCGGGACCCAAGUCGCAGGAGCUCGAACGGCUCUUGUGACUGCUGCGGGCGGGUGCCGCCCCUCCAGCAGUUGCAAGGGACGGCGCCAGGCGGCGCUGCUGCUGCGGCACUGACGUCACCCGCUACUGAAACACGCAGACGGACGGCAGACGACAAUGGCCACGGCGAGAGGUGGCAACGCAGUAGCCAAUGCCGAGACCCUCGUCCCCGUGACGGCACAGGCAGACGACACCCAUUUGCUCUGCAGAUCAAAUACCGUUGUUUGCAGGUUACGAGUAACCGAACUUCCAGCUUUGUCGUACUUAAUUACUAAAGAUGCCCGGUAUUUCAACGGGUGGGAGCUUUUGCGCCUGUGGAAGUUUGCACUGGUUGAAGAAAAAAAAGUAUUUUUUCGGGGCGUUGUGCUCUUUGAUUGCCUAAAGAUUUGACUUUGGCAUAAAGAAAAGAACAAAGCCCGCAAUCGCUCCAUGCGACGUGUAUGAAUGCUUUUUUGACAAAAAUAAGCAUUUGCACCGAGGUGUCGUGCAUAACGUGUCCUUUGUAGAAAACUAUGUGCUGUACCACACGUCGCUAGAUUAGUUACCUUGUUUUUCAAGGCUGAGGCAAAAACCAGGCGGCGUCUGUCGGAACAUCGUGAACAUCCGUGAUGUGAGUGGUAUGCGAGCACACCACAUAUUACAGCGUGGAAAAGCGCAUUUCGAAAAACUUCGAAAAGGGUCUUGCGUAAAACUACAGUGUACUAGAACACUGUAUAACAGCGUAUCGAAAGCUGACACUGUGAAGAUUCAACAAUUGUUGGCUCACGUUUUCUUGUAGGAGAUGACAACCUUUCCUCUUCUCAAUGUAAACUAGGCGAACAGCGUUGUCAUUGUCCAGCAUUCUACAAAUCCGACCAACAGGUCGCGCGCUGUUAGUGAACAAGGUCCAUCGGCAGGGCUGAAGGGUUAGAAAUUUAGAAAAGUCACUAUUGUUUCACGUCAGUGCUCUGAAGCCAAAGAAAGCCUAAAUGACAAAUAUUCGCACUACGGCGUAAUAGAAUAUUCAUCUUUGUCAUACAGACCACAUUUUGCAGCAUUUCUAGGAACCAGCCAUCUUACUAGCGACUGCGGGAGCAGGCGAAAACAAAAACAAAAAGACAACUGCGAUAACGCUCAGCCUGUUCUUAUCACAUGCUUGCUGCCAGUGCUCGCUCUACAUGUCUUUGUCGUCAACUGCCCCGUCAUCAAACUGGCAGCCGAGCCAACACCACCUAGAUAGCACAAGGCAUGUUCACUCCGAUCCAUGACGUCAUAUUACUUGGCCCAACUGCCAUAAAAUCUUAUGGGGAUGCUCCCGAGUAGGCAACAGUGAUUUUGACGUCACCGCUGUCAUCACGCCAGUCUCGUCAAUGGAAAUUUCGGGCCAGAUGGCGUGACGUCAUGAAUCGGAGUAAACAGGCCUUGUGGCUAUCAAGAUAGUGCUGGCCCAGCGCAGGCUUCGCCAAGAGCUGGUGACUGGGGUCGAGAUUUAGACUGCUUUCUUUAAACAGUUGUGCGAGAGUAACGUAUUCUGCUCCGUAGACCCGUACCUGUUACCGGCAGCCAGCGCUCCGCUGCCAAAUUGAAGACGGCGCAGCCGGCGACAAUGCCAUGGAAGGCCAAACGCUGAAUGUAAGUAGGCGAUAAGAACAGGCCGUGAGUCUUCUGCGGUAGUUCUUUUGUUCUUUCGGCCAGUUACCGCAGUUCCCGGCAAAAGAUGGCUGCCGCCUCGAAGGGCUACAAACUGUGGUCGAUAGGCACCAUGGGCUGAAACUUUGCAAAGUUGGCAACAACGCCAUGCGGCAUGGCGUUGCGAGUGGUGGAAGAAAAAAAAAACUGAGGGACGCAAUCAACAUUCGCCGAGACAUCUUCGAUGCCGCGUUUAUCUAGCCAACGGCGCGCCAGAUCUUAAAAUGUCCACGCGCACAUUCUUCGUUCGACUAGCCAUGCUCGCGAUUGAGAUUAGAAGCACGAACAUUCCCGAUCAUGAACAUUCCCUCGCGCGUAACGUUUAGACGAACGAUCUGGCGUGAACGCUUGUCGUUUUCAAUGUUGUCGGUGACAAAUGAAAGCGUCGGCGUGCCUUGUAGCAGGUGCGAGUGGUCUAUACGGUUUACUUGGAUACACCCAGCUCCAACAUAGGUCACGGCUUUAGGCACGAGCCAGCAUUCAUUUUUUUCUCUCAUUCAGUCGUCAUUACUCGCGAAAUGCAAUGACGGCUCGCUUCUCUAUUGAACCGCUCGCUCAACCAGUUGAACUUCGCUGAAGCUUGCCGUUCUGAGACGCGUGCAAUGUGGUCUCGAGUGCCUACCAUUCACAGAAAUUCCUCGACCUGUUUCGCGACGUAAAACGUGCACGCGAGACUAGUGCCGCUGUGGUGGCUUUCAAGUUGACGUACGCUACACAUCGCCUUUUCAGUCGACCGAAGACGUUGUAACCAAGAUGGCCGGUAGCUUCUUCCCCAAGCUUCGGUGCCCCACCACAUGCCUUGUCGAGGAAGAAAUACCUCGCCAACACGUAUCUAGUUCUAGAAUAAUGGGUUGCAGUUGACACCACAUCUGUUUAUCAAUGUGCUGCAUCGGAGCGUGUAACUCUGUACCUCUUGUGAUGUGAUCGUCAAGGAAAUUUAGGUAAACGUUUUCGGAUCUCUAGUAGAUCUUCCCUCAGCACAGCGGCACCACACGCCUUGCUAAAGAAAUGAAAGACCGCCCACUAGUGUCUAAAUAUGUGAGCAAAUGCCUCUAUACGCUUUGUGACGUAAUGUGCUACACAUUUUUCAUAGUUAUAACAGGCACCCACACGAUAACCUCUUCGGUGAGAAAGCUACGCUGCUCAUGAUGAGCAUGUGACUUUGAGCAGGGCAAAAGAAAAAGGUACUUGUGAAAAGUAACUGCGAUUUUGUGCUGCUUUCAGAUUAGCUGUUCCAAGACAUUUGCGGCUGCAUCUCUCCUGUGACGUCAUAUUUAACAGACUGUUCAGAAGAAAAAAUAGUCCAGUUUGAACGCACUACCCAACAAUUAUUUCAGUGCGCGCUGGUAGUCGGAAAGCAGUUUCUUCACCGAUUCCCUGCUGAUAAACAAGAAACAAGUAAGUGUAUAAUGACUUCGUAACCCAUGUAGUGAGGAACGUCUUCCAGAUAAAACACUAGAUAUCCAACAGGACACUGUCCGAAUAUUUUUGCUGCACCUCUAUUAAUGUCUUCGCACUGACCAUUCCUUGAGGCACCUCUGCGAGCUAGCUUGACUGGCUAGUUCAAUUCUGGCUAUCGACAGUAGUUCAUUUCAAGACGGAAAAGUCCGUAAAUUGGCCAUCACACAUUUGGGCCACGGAUGCCGGCUGUGUACAGCACACCGUAGAGCUGGCACCUGACAUGCCUUUUUGUAGUGUGGAAAACGCUCAAGUUUUGACCGUACGCCUCACUUAGUGCCAAUGAGAAUGCAUUUCCCGAGAACUCGCCGAGGAAGCCGUGAGUUCCAAUUCGGCAAAGCUGGCGCACAUUUUUUUUUCUUUGUCAAAUUUAGUCGGAGUCGUUAUCGGCGGUUCCAUGUAGUUGCCGCAUGGGCGGAGAAACUAAAAUAGGAAGAAGCAUUACGGCCCGUCGCCAGCCUUGGGGAUCCAACUUCUCAUAUAGCCAUGCCCUCCACAAUUUCUCUCCAUCAAUAAGUCGGCCCAACAGGGAACCCUGACCUCUGUGUACUCACUCGGCCCAAUGCACUUGGUCACUGCCUCCUAGAUAGAACAAGACCUAUGAACUCCCAUUUAUGACACGAUGCUACUAGGCCCGAAAUUUCCAUUUCCAAGUCCCGGCGUUACAAAGCCGGUGACGUCAAAAAUCACCGCCGCUUACUCGGGAGCAUUGUCAUAAGAUUAUAUGGCAGUUGGACCAGGUACAUGACGUCAUGGAUCAGAGUGCACAGGCUUCGUGUUAUCUAGGAGGGGUUUGGCUUGGUUCGUUGUAGGUUUCAAUCGAUGUGCCUUUCUUCAGAGGUACGUUGCCAACCACCCUGCGCGCAUUUUCAGCACAUAUAAUUACGCAACUUCACUCGUUUGUGCUGCAAAUUAUAACAUUUAUCAUAUUCGUGUUCUCACGUUGCUGUUCACGGGUUGUCUUCUCGGAAGAGCAUGCGCUGUGCGCAGGUGGCGCCACUGUGGGAGGCACUUGAACUUACCACGACGGGAUCACCUGUAGGGCCGACUUCUCUUGGCUACCAUUUCGUUACGAAAUGCUCCCUCCUAGUUGUUUUCUCGUUGCAUGACUAAUACUAACACUUGAUAAACCAGCUAAACUAACACAGCUUUCCAACUUGCUCUAAUUACCGCAAGUAAAAUGGCAAUGCGGUUCGGCUAAGCCUAACGUGGCCACCUUAACACUUGGCCUCACGCUGUCCCAGCUCAUGACGACUUGCUUUUGGCACGUGUGAUGAUAUACUCGUUCUAAAAGCUAUUCGGGCCGGAUAUCACGGUGACUCCGAGGAUUCUCUGUAAUUAAUUCCGCACGUUGUCAACGCAAGGCCUGUUGGACGCACUUGAAAACGUCAGUUUCAGUUUCUUGUGUUACCAUUUGCGUUACCAUUCGCCUAGACCCCUCCAUCUUCCAGGGUGCUAUGACUGUACUUCCGCGUUGAUUUUCGACGUGAAUUUCCGAUGCUCGUUAGGUAACCACCCAUGAUGACGUCGGUUGCGAUCGUAAGCCGCAUUUCUUGUUUUGACGUGAGGUCUUGCCACAAGUUAUUGAUAGAACCCUCAUAUUUGGAAGGCAUGGGUGCGUGUACUCACGUACCUCUUAUCCUCGAGGUGGUUCGCUAUAAGCGAAUGUUAGCUAUAAUGUUCGUAUGUGAAAAAAAGUGCUUGCAUGGUCGUGAUUGUUUCCUGUGACACUAAACUUUAGAGCCAACCUCAAUGCACUGCUUUCCGUAACUAUGUCUAAUGAAACAACGGCCCUUACUUAGUUCACGCCGUGCUCAAUAUAAAAAUGACCGCGAUUAUGGCGGCUUUGUUGUUGAAUGGGAUGUUCGCACAGAGGAACACACCUUCAUCGAUGUAAUAUUUACAGUAUUAUCCUAUAUUGGAAACUGUACACCACACAACACCCAUUUGUGACCUCAAUGUUGAAGCUUGUUUCCUGGGUCACGUUUCGAAAACUUAUUGCGCAUGCCUACGACUUGUUUGUGCAGCUUUACACAGGAAUGACAGAAGAAAUCAUGCUUCAACGUUCGAGCUUUUUUUUGUAAGUGGUGACCACUGUUUUGUUAACAGAAAAAUGGCAGUUCUUUUUGAUAUAUGUGAGGAAUUAUAAUGCAUCAAAGACUAUCCGCAAAGUAAAUGUAUAGGUCUUCUGUUUCCAACUGCCCAUCCUUCGUUCACCAAUUGCACACGCGGCUAUUCGUAAACAAUGAUCGGCGCAGACAGGUGCUUUCAUUCAUGUCCUAUUUUGAUGAUGAACAUUGAAAAAAAAUGCAUUUGUUGUGUUGCAGACUUUCUGGUUAGCGUCGAAGUAACGUGUAUAAAUUGAAAUCGAUAACAGCAAAUAAAAAAAAUAGGUGGGCAUUGUUAUCGCGACCACGUCCCAAUAAACCGAAAUAUACCAUCGUCUUGCUCGAGAAUUUCGGCUACUGAUUGAAGCUUGCAGCAGGAAAGAAAAACAACAAAAAGAAACGUCAAUUCUUCUGCAUUGUGCAAUGGCUGAUGAAAAUAAGCACUGAUAAUAAGCACUGAUAUCGCCAGGGCGAGACUAUAUCACGCCAGCUGCCGGACCCGCGAGAAAUUAGAGUGAGAAAUAUUUCGGCCGUUUAGACGAAAUGUGCGUGAAACCUCCCGCUGUUUCUCAAUACCAGAUUCCAUAUAUGCGUCGUUUUGCAAAACUGACCACUUGCCUUGAAUCACUGUCUAGUGCACAACCUCCACAGUGGCGCCGUAGUCAGCUGUGCGCUAUCCCCAUGAAGUAAGGUUUCUUGCUAUUAAUUGAGGUGAAGCAGAUUGCCUAAGCUUGAACAAUACUGCCGGCAGUAUUACCGGGCGCCGCAGAUGACAUGGAAGAUGUUUAAAAACAAAGCGAUGCGUUCUGAGCAGAUGCAACCAACUAUUGGUUAUAGGAGUCUCUUGGAGAUGCUUCUUUUGUGUUUGUAAUAAAAGUGAUUAGUACCUAAUGUUAAUGAAUUCUCUGUAAUUAAUUCCGCACGUUGUCAACGCAAGGCCUGUUGGACGCACUUGAAAACGUCAGUUUCAGUUUCUUGUGUUACCAUUUGCGUUACCAUUCGCCUAGACCCCUUUAUUUAGCAUUUAGAAAGAGAGAGAUAGAGACCACGAAUUCAUUGAAAACUCAUCAUGGCUCGCUGUUUGUAUACGCCAAAGUUGCUUUCUUUUCAAUAUAGAAAAAAGAGCUGUGGGAACGAUAACGCGGCACAAACAACUAAUGAGAUGUUUCAACUGCGCUCCACGAAUCUUGUAUAUACAUUGUGACUUAAGAGUUAAUAUUAAACAACUUAGUUAACAAAUCAGCACAGAUUACUCUAAAUAACGAAAAAAAGUGGAGGCUUCUCCAAGAGGUUGCUGAAGAGAAGAAGUUGGUGUCAUCCGCACAGAACGUUUCACUUCUUUAGCACCAUGUUCCCUGUUGGCUGGGACACCCUAAUUGUGCAGUCAACCACAAAAAUUUACGGACCGCGGGAUCUCAGAAAACGUUCGAUUUCCGAGCAGCUUGUAAAAGUAGUCAGUAAAACCAAACGUCACAAUGUUGCUCACAUAUACUAGUAGAGGCUGUAAAUGCGAAUACUGGGCCGCACCGUGAGGCUGCGCAAAUAUGGAGAUUUUUUUUUCUCAGAUCAUGUGUUCCGUAAAAUUGUGUUGUUAACUGUACUUGCUCCUCCACCAAGUCGAGUCCGUUCUUUGAGAAAGCAAACGGCAGAUUGCAUCUUUGGUGACCUUCAGGUAUUUAUAACCUCCAACCUCCAUUUGCUUCUCCCUGCAAAAAAUUACCUUGCACCCACUUUUAGUAACAGGAUAAAAAAAGUACGUCCUCUUGUACAGUCUCCACGAUUUAUUUUUGGCUCGCGUAAUCGACUCUUCCUAUCUGCUGUCUUAUAUAAGCACUCUGUCUUGUGAUAGAACUUGCAAAUAUUUGUAAGAAUGGUGCCGUAUGUUUGGCUAGCGUGUGUGCCUACAUGUCCAGCAUAAUUGGUGUUUGCUAAGCGUUAUUGCCACUGUUUGUAACCUAAGGCAAUGUUUGCGAAUGCUUAGCGAUAUCGCGCUGAGCGCCUGCAACUGAUAGCACAGAGCAAAAUGGCACACACAGACACACAUGCGCAAACUCACACACACACGCACGCGUGCUUCGACAUGAUAAGCUGUCAAGAUAAGAAUGAAAACGCGCUUGAUGCUAUUGACAGUGUUGAAGCUUAAGGCGUGGCGUGUGGUCUCUUCUACAGAUAGUUGUAUAUGAACAUACUGUAGAGGGCAUUGAAUAUACAGAAUGUUUUGUAAAUAGAAGCACCAGAUAUACAAGGCUCUUCCCCCGUUUCAAAAACCUGCGACACUUUCUGGCACAAAUUUCACGCAAAGCUGGGGAUUUUGGGGCGGAUGCAGUUUAAAUAUAGCACGUGGCAAUGUUGUCUGCUUGUUCAAGUUAAUAUGUAAGUUAGUAUCUUCUACGGCGAUGCCAAGCAAGAAGAGCGCAAGAUUUUCGAGUAAGAAACGUGACGAAUGCAUCACCAAACGUCCAUUUUAAAAGUGCGUUCACCGUAAAAUGCCACAUACGUGCAAAAUUCAAAGUUUAGACACGAACAUGUGAGGUCAGUGGUUUGGACGGGAAAGCCGCGCAUACCUGGAGCUCUUAUCUACUCAGCAGUCGGUACAAUUCGCAACCACGUAACCCUAUCACGCAUGCUCGUGAAUGGUCGUUGUGUAUUAACAAUAAAAAAGAAACCCUUGUGCUCGCACUAUGUGCCGUCAACGUGCUCACUAAUAACAUCAGUUAAGGUUCUGAAGAAGCGUGACGUUUGGUAUGCGUGGAACUCUUAGGAGAAUGAUGCGACCUACGCUUUGUGCGUGAAUGACGAAGCAGAAAAUGUUGCAGAUGAAUUGUUACU